UUUUGAUAUAUAUUAAAAUGAGCGUGGCACUUGUGUCCAUGGAAUCGACGUAUGGUCUGCGACUGGGACAGCGACUCGCCAGUCACCACCACCACCAUCAUCAUCGUCAUAAUGUGUUGUCAGAAAGCCAUGUAGUAUCACAUCAGCCGGAUCAUCCGCCGGAUCGCCAACAGGAAAUCGAGGCACCAUUGCGCUUCAGCGUUGUUAACAUUCUCAGGCCAGAUUUCGGUCGCAAAGCCAUUCUGGAUGAAAAACAACCUGUUUCUACGAUAUCGUUACAAUUACCACGAAGCAGCCCAGUUCCACUUCCACGUGACCUCAGCCUAUCGUCCCGAUUGUCGCCGCCGUCGAUCCACAAAGAAAAAGACAAUUUUCCAUCUCACAAUGGUCUUACGUCACCCUUACUCAGGCAAAAUGGAUUGAGUCGAAGCGGCAGCUUAGAAAGUCUCGCGUCCAGCAGGAGCUCGGUCACCAGUAGCACGGUUACCGGUCCAGCCUCUUUGUGUUCCACGUCAUCCACAAUCGGCAGCGAGUCUCUAAACGGCGACAACACAUCCGGUGGAAGUAAUACAUCGAAAAAUCAACAAAACGGCACUAACGGCCAGUUGUGGCCUGCUUGGGUGUACUGCACCAGAUACUCGGACAGACCAUCGUCUGGACCGCGCACGAGACGAGUGAAACGUCCGCAGAGUACCAAGACCAACCCGCCGGAAGAGAAGAGGCCCAGGACGGCCUUCAGCGCCGAACAACUGGCCAGGCUGAAGCGGGAAUUCGCGGAGAAUCGAUAUUUGACAGAGAGAAGAAGGCAGCAGCUCUCGCGGGACCUGAGUCUGAAUGAAGCGCAGAUCAAGAUCUGGUUUCAGAAUAAGCGGGCGAAGAUAAAGAAGGCGAGCGGACAGAAAAAUCCAUUGGCCCUCCAGCUAAUGGCGCAAGGUCUUUACAAUCAUUCCACCGUACCGGUGGAUGAGGACAGCGACGAGAUUGUGACCGGAAGGAAUCAUUGAGACUCGCAUAAAUUCAAAUAGCAGUAACAAAACGAAGAGUUAGAGACUUAGAAUGACAUGUGACCGCAUUUAGAACGCCGUCGUCAGCGUUGAGCGCAGUCGACAAAGAGAAAGUCGAUAAAAUAUUAUUUAUGAAGAAAUACUGAAUGUAUAAUAAUCAUUAUGAUUGAAUAAAGACUGAAGACAGGACGGGAGGAAAAAUGAAACCAGUAACGAAGAAUGAAAUUUGCUUUUAUAGUGCAAUUGAACAGUAUAACUAAUAGCUAAGUAAAUCGAUAUGCUUAAUGAUAAAUAGGAUGUUUUUAUAAAAA